CCACGCCAGCGCCGCGCCAGUGCGCAAACGACGGUCGCACGCGGUAUACGAUUAGCGCUUACAGCAACGUACUAUCGCGAUUACUACGCGCACAACAUUUGUUAUGUUCAGUUGACUGUUCAUAAAAAAUAUUUCAUACAAAUAAAAACAGAGACAUUCAAAAUGAUAACGAUGUUUUCAAAUUCAAAGUUAUUAUGGGGUUUGUGGCAAGUGUUGAAUUAUUGUUCUUCGCGGACGACUCUACCGUUGCUACUAGCAGUUGGCGUAGCGUACCUGGUGAUGCGGCUCAUGAACGUGGUGCGUGAGAUCCGUAAGCUUCCUCCAGGGCCGUGGGGGCCACCUGUGGUGGGCUACCUUCCGUUCCUGGGAGUGAGACAUAAGACCUUUCUGGAAUUGGCUCGUUGCUACGGCGCCUUGUUCUCGGCUCGCCUCGGAAACCAGCUAACUGUUGUGUUAAGUGACUACAAACUGAUUAGAGAAGCUUUUCGCCGUGAAGAAUUCACUGGGCGCCCUAGCACGCCUCUCAUGCAUACGUUGGAUGGUCUCGGUAUCAUAAACAGUGAGGGUCGCCUCUGGAAGAAUCAACGUCGAUUCUUACACGAAAAACUACGCGAAUUUGGUAUGACAUACAUGGGGAACGGCAAGAAAAUUAUGGAAGGCAGAAUUAAGACUGAAGUUCAAGAACUAAUGGUGAAUCUGCAUUGCGCUGAUGGCGCGCCUAUUGAUGCCAAUCCUCUGUUCGCGCUAGGUGUAUCUAACGUGAUUUGCGGCAUAACCAUGUCGGUCCGAUUCAGUAACGGUGACGCUCGAUUUGCGAGACUUAAUCAUCUUAUCGAAGAAGGCAUGAGACUGUUUGGAGAAAUUCAUUAUGGAGAAUAUAUACCACUAUAUAAUUAUCUGCCGGGAAAAGCACAAGUUCAGGAGAAAGUCGCUAAGAACCGCGAAGAAAUGUUUUCGUUUUAUCAAACUUUGAUAGACGAACACCGAGAUACGUUAGAUAUCAACAAUGCGAGAGAUCUCAUUGAUGUUUAUCUCAUUGAAAUUGAAAAGGCUAAAACUGAAGGUCGUGCUGGAGAUUUAUUUGAUGGAAGAGACCAAGAACUGCAACUUAAACAAAUACUUGGCGAUCUCUUCUCCGCUGGAAUGGAGACUAUUAAGUCAUCACUGCUGUGGAUGCUUGUGUUUAUGUUACGAAACCCCGACGUCAAGAGACGCGUUCAGGAAGAGCUCGACGCUAUUGUGGGUCGCGAUCGCCUUCCCACCAUUGAAGAUAUGCCUAGUCUCGUGUAUACCGAAACGACUAUCUUAGAAACAUUGCGUAUGUCGAGCAUUGUCCCCUUAGCUACGACUCAUUCACCAACAAAGGACGUCAAUCUCAAUGGCUACAGAAUUCCUGCUGGUUCACAAGUAGUACCCCUCAUAAACUGUGUUCACAUGGACCCAAACCUCUGGGAUGAACCUAACAAGUUCAAUCCAAGCAGAUUCAUCGAUGAUAAUGGCAAGAUUCGACGACCAGAAUACUUCAUGCCCUUCGGUGUGGGACGACGUAUGUGCUUGGGUGAUGUUCUCGCCCGUAUGGAGAUGUUUAUGUUUUUUGCAAGCAUGAUGCACCAAUUCGAUGUUCAAAUGGAAUCCGGGGUUGCUCCGCCGUCGUUGGAGGGUACGGUGGGCGCUACGAUCGCGCCGCAAGCUUUCCGCGUAAAGUUUGUGCCGCGCGCGCCGGCCGCGCCCGCUCCCCCCGUCGCCAGCCUGCCAGACCACCCGCACCUACGUCACGUCGGAUCGCACUAAGCGACCUGACGAAUUGCCGCCACACACCCACCAGUAUUCAAGAUCACUCGUUUUAGAGCGCAUCGAUGACAAAUAUAAUUAAGUUUAAUUAUAAGUGACGACGUCGCCUCGGCGAUAGUCAGGCUGUGCAUAAAGUGUUCAAUUAAAUAGUAAACCGAACUAAUUUUAGAUGUACUAAAAUUCCCAUCGUUGAGAUUAUAAAUGUUAUUUUUGUGUCAACAGUAUUAUUUAUAGAUGUCCGAUCUUAGAGAUCGCCGCCAAUCAAGCAUUGAGUAAAAUUGAUAGGAUACAGGUUUAUUGACAUUUUAAGCUCUAGUUUUUCUAUACCAAAUUAAUGUAUAAAUCUAGAUCAUUAUUUAUUAGUGCGAGUAGUGUCACUUGAGUGUUGAAUGUUGAGUGUGAUCUCAUGUUAAUUGUGUAAUGAAUGUGUUAGUUAGUAUUUGGUUAAGAAUUUUACGUGUUCACUCAUACUUUUCUAGUUAAAAAUGUACCUAUCAUGAGUAAUAUACGUAGUAACAUUCCAUGGUAGAGUAGAAACCAGCAACUAGUCUAAGAGCGGUAAUAUUGUCGCUAUAAGUAUAACUUUAUGAAAUAACUUAAUGACAUUUUGAAUAGUUUUGUUUACAAGCUGUUUGCAACCAAGUUGCUUUACUGUCAAUACAUUACAAGCGACUCAUCAUCCGCAGUAAAUUACCAUUGUUUACCCUCGCUUUGUAGAUAUUGCAUUAUUUUUAAAAAUGUUUACAGAUUGAUAAUUUUAUAAAUAAACUUUAAACUUAUA